CCCAGGCCGUUCUGUGAUUCUAUGGGAGAUUCACUGGACAAGGUGCACUCAGGCACCUGCAGAAGCAUUCAUUAUACUUGGCAACGUGAAGAAAUACGCAAUUUGAAUUCAAGGUUGGCGCAUAUUAUGCUUAUGAUGAUGAGACAUUGGCAUUAGCUGAUGGACCACAUACUGCAAGCAGCAAGAAAAACACAAAACAAUUGUUGCACUUGCGUCAAAAUCAUGUUGCUGUCUGCUAUAAUAGCAGCCAACAACGAAACACUUGACUCCUGCCAGCACCCUUGUCAUUAAAAAGGUCCAAACCUAGUGGCUGUCGAACAGCUUGAGAACAGCUGUCCAUGCCCUGCCCGCGCUCCCUCCAUGGCGCCAGGCUGCAGCCUCCCCGUCCCGCCUCCUUGCGGAAGCUGUACGCCCGUGCCCGUACUCAAGAUGGCUGCCAGCCUCCAAUGACUCAGACCGGCUUUGAAGUCACGGGGCUGGUGGUUAAGAUGGCGGUUUUUUACGGGCUGCGGACCGGGAUGAGGUUUCUCUCCCCUGUUGCUUCCGGAGGCAGUGAAGCUGGCGUGCCCUCAGUCAAGAUGGCGGCUCCCUGCGAACGGAGGCGCGCCGCGGCUCGGCGGGCGCGAUGAGCUCCAGUGGUAAACAGCGUCCAGCUUACAUGUGGAAACAAAUGUACAGGUUGAAUAAUCACCUCUUCAGAACUCGUAUUUUUUACUUUUAAAAGUAAUUAGCUGGGAGACUCCUGAGAGUUUCUCAAUAUUUGCUUUACACCAUAAAUAAAAGUUAAGUGUCAUCACUGCUGCUAUGUCGUGGGUACAAGUUGUAACCAGUCGAUCCAAUGAGGACAUAUUUGAUGAAGAUGCAGAUGAGAUGUAUCCAGUACAGAAAGAAUGGAAUAGCACCAUGAAAAAAAGAUUGAAGGAGGGCUAUAGAGAUGGUGUUGAGGCUGGGAAAGAACUUGCACUCCAGAAAGGCUUCAAUCAAGGUUAUAGACAAGGUGCUGUGCUGAUGGCUACAUAUGGCCAAUUCAGAGGGACCCUGAAUGCUCUCUUAUCCUGGUGUCAUCUUAAUGGACAUGAUUCUGCUUUAAGAAAGAUAAAUAACCUUCUAGAGGUCGUUGGAAAGCAUGAAGAAGACCUACUUAAGUCUCUGAAUUCUAUUCAGCUACAACCAAACGUUGGAGACAUUUUAGAUUCUGUUGAGGACAUGGACCUUAGUCAUAUAGCUCCAGCUGGAACAGAGUGCAGUGAAGCUAACGCUGAAAAAUAUGAACAUGUUGGUGGAUGUGGUGAACAUUGUUGUAGAAAUAAUGGUGAGGAUGGUUCCUCGCAGUCUGACUGCAGCAGGGAGAAACUCUUUACAGAUCCUGACAAGUCAACUCUUGCUUGGGUUAAAAAGCAAACUGUUUGGUUGGUAGAACAACUAGGCUUAUCACUGGAUAUACUCCAUCACAUCCAGCAACUGGAACAUUAGCUCUUCUGUCAUGCUAUUUCAAGUUAUCUCAGCUGGAUUGGAUUCUCACUCUGUGGGUCCAGGCUUCGUUUUAGGGAAGUCUGAUCUGAUGCUUCCAAGCAGAGGUUGUAAGUCUUACCAUGCUUUGUUUCUUGGCCCCCCCAAAAAGCUGGUUUCGGUCAGAAAUGUAUCUUCCACAGAAAAAGGAGGUGAUGUUUAAAGCUCUGCAAUGAUUUAUUAUCAUGUCUCUCAUCUAUGUCAAAAUCUGUCCUUUCACCUCAUUUUAUCUAUUGGUAUCUGAAAACCGAGCAGGACCCUCAAGCAACAUCUUCUACUAUACAAAAAAAAAAAACAAAAAAACCUGACCAGUGCUGUGGACAAGCUAGUCUUCCAAAAUGGUCUGCUGUUGAUUACACACUAACCAUACAAAACAGAACAGGCUCUGGUGAUUUCUAGUGUGCCAGGAGUUCCCCUUGUUACUAUAUUAAAUUUUUUUCAUCUUUUGCCAGAUUUCUUCUCUCACCUUUUUAUAAUCACUGUGUAGCCCACUUUCACAGUGUUUUUUUUCCCCCUCUUCUUACAGUUCUAAUUAUUUCACUUUUGCUGAAAGCACACCACUAUUUUCAAACGUCAAACUUGCACUGCUGUUUUGCUGUUCUAACAGAAACCUGACUACUCUUACCCUUUUAGACCACAUCACACAUUUCUAGUCUAAUGAAUGCCUUUGUGUUAUUUUUGUAUUUAUUUGCUAGCCCCUUAAUCUUGAAGUCUCUCUUGUUUACAGUGUAUUUCUCCAGCUCUAGAAGGAAGGCAGGUUUAUUCACCAUCUCUUGAAAACAUGGUUAGCCAAACACAUAUCUAAGAACUUUGUAUUUCUGUUCCAACUUUCUGUAUUUGAUUUCUUUUCCUUUUAUUUGCUGUAAGGAUAGGAGGCAGCAGAUAUAGUUGCUUUAAACCAGUUUUGGAUCACCCAAGAAAGGUAGCAGUAAUAAAGAAGGAAUCCCUUACCUUUUUCUGAGGAUCAGGGCUCACCAAGCAUUCCAAAGGGUGAUGUUCAGGUAGUGAUGCUUCCCUUGGGGCUGCCAGCCCUUAAAUAAAGUUAGGAGGGGUGGACCCUUAUGAUCAACCCCUUCCAGUCACCCAAGUGAAUUGCUUCCACCUGUGCUCCCAGGGCUGGCUACACCCUUUCACCAUGACCUAAUGGUUCCUAUACAUGUGCCUAAACUGCAGCUGCAAAUUCCUCUGGUUAGAUAUUCACAAAGAAGAGAUUUCCUAUCUCUGUUUUAUAGUAAUUAAUCACUAAGUCAAGAGUUCAUGUACUUUAUUUUGCUUUUAAAUUUCUUCCAUGUCUCAGACAAAAUAGAAAAAACUUAAUUUUUGAACAACUGACUUAACUAGAACUAAAACAACAACAGGCACAGAGUAGUUUUAUACUUUGAAGCCAAAACCAGGAAGCAAGAAUUAAGAACUGAUUGUCUGGAAAAAAUAAUGUAAAUUUUUUAAUAAAAGCUAUUAUCCUGCCAUGGAGUUGUUAUACUUUAAGUUUGGUUGCAAUUCAGUAUCACUUUCUGCAUUAGAUGAACAACAACAACAAAAAAAUUAACUCUGCAAUUAAAAAUCUCAUACUGAACUUGUUACUGAGAUAGUGGAAUUGAAUAAGGCUAUUUGCAUAUGUUAUAUAUGACAGAAUUGCUCAAACAGCUUUUUCUCAAUUUAUUUAACUUAUUGAUAAAUACUUUUUAUUAAUAGUGCAUGCAUUAUGUUAUAAACUGCAUCACGUAAAUCAAACUGAUUUUUUUUCCAUCCUGUAGUAGAAUAUGAUGAAACAAAACCAAUGGUUACCAGCGAAAAAGUGCAAAUUGAAGAGUAUUAUUUCAAUGCAGUUAGUAGUGCAUAAACAGGAAACUCCAUUCAGAAAUUAAGUAGACAGCAAGCUUGCCAAGUUCUUUCCAUCUACUACUGCAAAAGCAAGCUAUGCUUGGGAAUGUAUGGCUUUGUUGCUUGAUUAUUAAACAAUAGAUUGUGUGAUGCAUUUCACUUAUCUUUCAUUACAGCUUCUGUACUAGCUGUGGAAUUAUUUCCUUCCACCCUGGACAAAGUUUCUGUUUUGACUGUAGCAUUACUUUUUUCCAUUUCAUCACCCGAAGUUUCCAGUUUGGCUGUAGAUAGUCUUUGUUCUGGGCUGUCUGGAACACUUUCCUUAUUUGUCUUAACCAGAUCUUGCUGUCCAGCUACAGGAAGACUUUCUUCAAGACUAUCAGAAUCAAUAAUUUGCUCACGCUGCAGUU